AUGCAGCAGGCGGCUAUCCCCGGCAACGUUGUGGCGGACGAGGGCGCGGAAGCGGCGGCGGCGCCUCCUCUCCAGAAGCCGCCCUACUCGUACGUGGCGCUGAUCGCCAUGGCCAUCCAGGAGAGCCCGGAGCAGCGCCUGCCGGUGCGCAGCAUCUACGAGGCCAUCGCGGCGCGCUUCCCCUACUACCGGCUGAGCCAGAAGGGCUGGCAGAACAGCGUGCGCCACAACCUGAGCCUCAACGAGUGCUUCCGCAAGGUGCCCGGCCGCGGCGCGGAGCGCAAGGGCCACGACUGGCAGCUCGACCCGGCCUUCCAAGGCAUGUUCGAGCGCGGCAACUACCGGCGCCGCAAGCGCGUCCGGCGAGCAGAGAUUCAACAGAUGAAAGCGCUUCUGGGCACCGCAGCGCGCAAGCCUACCCGCGUGGUCCCUCCGCCUGGCGCGCAGCUGUUAGACGCCCCGCCAGCGGGCAACCCCGGCCCCGAUCCCAAGUAG